ACUAGUCAACGGUUGCAAAUGGCGACAGCCACUAAAUUCGUGGCAACGACAUACAUUUAAUUAUUUAAUUUUUUUUUUUGGGUGUUAACCAGUCAAGCAGUUCGCGUAAUUGUUCUUCUCCCAAAUCGGUGGUUCUAAGCUGAAGAUAGCAAGAUGCCGGCCGUACGUGGGGAUGGCAUGCGUGGACUCGCUGUAUUCAUUUCAGAUAUUAGAAAUUGUAAAAGUAAAGAAGCUGAAAUAAAGAGGAUAAAUAAAGAAUUAGCAAAUAUAAGAAGUAAAUUUAAAGGAGAUAAAACUCUUGAUGGAUACCAAAAGAAAAAAUACGUUUGUAAAUUGUUAUUUAUAUUUUUACUUGGUCAUGAUAUUGAUUUCGGACAUAUGGAAGCUGUUAACUUAUUAUCAUCGAAUAAAUACUCUGAAAAACAAAUUGGAUAUUUAUUUAUAUCAGUGCUGGUUAAUACAAACAGUGAUCUCAUAAAAUUAAUAAUACAAAGUAUAAAAAAUGAUUUGGGAUCUCGUAAUCCAAUUCACGUUAAUUUAGCACUCCAGUGCAUCGCUAAUAUCGGGAGUAAAGAAAUGGCUGAGGCAUUUGGAAAUGAAAUUCCUAAAUUAUUAGUAUCUGGGGAUACAAUGGACGUAGUAAAGCAGAGUGCAGCACUCUGUCUUCUGCGACUCUUACGAACAGCUCCAGAUGUAGUACCUGGUGGUGAGUGGACAUCGCGUAUCGUCCAUCUACUAAAUGAUCAACAUCUCGGUGUAGUGACAGCAGCAGCAUCACUUAUCGAUGCUCUAGUAAAACGCAAUCCCGAUGAAUACAAAGGCUGCGUUAGUCUAGCAGUGUCACGUCUCAGUAGAAUAGUAACAUCUAGUUACACAGAUUUACAAGAUUACACGUAUUACUUUGUCCCAGCGCCAUGGCUGUCUGUAAAACUGCUGCGUCUUCUUCAAAAUUACACUCCGCCAGCUGAAGAUCCCGGUGUUCGUGGCCGUUUAAAUGAAUGCCUCGAAACAAUUCUCAAUAAAGCACAAGAGCCACCAAAAUCAAAAAAAGUUCAGCACUCAAAUGCUAAAAAUGCCGUACUAUUUGAAGCAAUAAGUUUAAUUAUUCACAAUGACAGUGAGCCUAAUUUAUUAGUACGCGCAUGUAAUCAACUCGGACAAUUUUUAUCAAAUCGUGAGACAAAUUUACGUUAUCUUGCUCUUGAAUCAAUGUGUCAUUUAGCAACAUCAGAAUUUUCACACGAAGCUGUUAAAAAACAUCAAGAAGUUGUUAUAUUAUCAAUGAAAAUGGAAAAAGAUGUAUCAGUACGGCAGCAAGCUGUUGAUUUAUUAUACGCGAUGUGUGAUAAAAGUAAUGCUGAAGAAAUAGUACAAGAAAUGUUGAAUUAUCUUGAAACGGCUGAUUACUCAAUACGUGAAGAAAUGGUACUAAAAGUUGCUAUACUUGCUGAGAAAUAUGCCACUGACUAUACGUGGUACGUUGAUGUCAUAUUAAAUUUGAUAAGGAUAGCUGGUGAUUAUGUUUCUGAAGAAGUAUGGUAUCGUGUAAUACAAAUAGUUAUUAAUCGUGAUGAUGUACAAGGUUACGCCGCUAAAACUGUAUUUGAAGCGCUCCAAGCACCAGCUUGCCAUGAAAAUAUGGUCAAAGUUGGUGGUUAUAUACUCGGUGAAUUUGGUAAUUUAAUUGCUGGUGAUGCACGUUCAUCACCAGCAGUACAAUUCCAGUUACUACAUUCCAAAUAUCAUUUAUGUUCACCAAUGACACGUGCACUAUUACUAUCAACUUACAUUAAAUUUGUUAAUUUAUUUCCUGAAAUACGUACGCAAAUACAAGACGUGUUUAGAACACACAGUAAUUUACGUAGCGCUGAUGCUGAACUACAGCAGCGUGCAUCUGAGUAUCUACAAUUGAGUAUUAUAGCAUCUACUGAUGUAUUGGCAACUGUACUAGAAGAAAUGCCAGCUUUUCCUGAACGUGAAAGUUCGAUUUUGGCUGUUCUUAAAAAAAAGAAACCUGGACGUGUACCGGAAAAUGAAAUUAGAGAAAAUAAAAGCCCUGCUCCUAGUGCCAAUCAUGAAACAACUGGUACUGCUGUUGCUUCUACUAUCGGUAGUUCUGCUGCCAUUGCUAGUGUUAAUAGUUCAUCUGCUGAUUUAUUGGGAUUAUCAACACCACCUUCUUCACAGCCUACUAGUAACACUGGAAUGUUACUUGAUGUAUUAGGUGAUAUUUAUAAUGCACCAAAUAAAGUUACGGCUACUAAUGGAGCUCAGAAUUCUUAUAAUCCUAAAAAAUUCGUUUGUAGAAACAAUGGAGUACUAUUUGAAAAUGAUCUGAUACAAAUAGGCGUUAAAUCAGAAUUCCGACAGAACCUUGGACGUGUUGGUUUAUUUUAUGGAAAUAAAACCCAGUUUGCGCUUAAUAACUUCCAACCACAAUUGGCUUGGUCUGAUGAAAAUCAAUUAAAAUUAGCCGUUCAAAUAAAACCUGUUGAUCCGGUGCUUGAAGCUGGUGCACAAAUUCAACAAAUGAUAAAUGCUGAGUGUAUUGAUGAUUACAAUGAUACUCCUAGUAUGGUAAUAUCAUUUACGUACAAUAAUAUGCCACAAAAAAUAACAAUGAAAUUACCAUUAACGAUAAAUAAAUUCUUUGAACCAACGGAAAUGAAUGGAGAAUCAUUUUUCGCGAGAUGGAAAAAUCUUGGCGGCGCAAAUCAACAGCGUUCACAAAAAAUAUUCAAAGCCCAACAUCCGAUGGAUUUAGCACAAGUCCGUACAAAAUUACAAGGUUUUGGAAUGCAGUUACUUGAUAAUAUUGAUCCUAAUCCUGAUAACUUUGUCCUUGCUGGUAUUGUUCAUAUGCGUGCACAACAAGUUGGUUGUUUGUUACGUCUCGAACCUAAUAAACAAGCUCAGAUGUUCCGGUUGACUGUACGCUCGAGUAAAGAAUCAAUGUCGAUAGAAAUAUGUGACCUGCUGGUAGAUCAAUUUUAAGCUGUUCAAAAGGUACUGAUUUGUUAUUAAUUAAUUUUAAUAUGAUUAAUAUCAACAAUCGUAUAUAAUAAAUAUAAUCUACGAGUAUCAAUCGAAUUAAAACGUCAGAUUUAAACGAAAAAGCUGGACUGACUGUUUGAUUAACUUUUUAAAAAUUCGUAUCCAAAAUAAACUUUUGAUUUAUUUCAGUUUAUAUUUUAAAACAAAAAAAAAUAAAAUAAAAAAAAAAAACUAAACGAAUAACAAAGACAAUUGGACAGUAUUAGUCCAGUAUUUAAUUAAAUAGAUAAAUAUUGAUUUAAUUUAAAGGUUUAUUCUUUGAUUAUUUUAUUUUAUUAUUUUUUUUUUAAUUGCUGUAUCAUUUUGUUGCUUGCGAUAUGUUUGUGGCAACGAAUGAGGCUUUUUGCGUAAUGACUAGUUGUACAAUAACUAAUUAAUUAAUUAGAUCCAGCGUAUUUAAAUGAAGCUCAAAUUUAUUUUUUACCCUCUAUAUCUAGUUGCUAAUUAUUACUGUCUCUGUUAUACUCCCUUUUGUUUUUUUUUUUCUGAUAAUUAAGAUCAACUGGCUGGUGUAUUUGUUCAUUGUGUAACAAAAAAAAAAAAAAAGAAAAAUCAGAUAAAGCCGGUGUUUUUUAUUUUUUAAUAUAUUUUGUUAUAAAUAAAAUAACUAUGUUGAGUGUCGAAAAAUAAUUGAAUAAAAAAUAAUUUGUAAAGGUAGAUUUCAAUUGUAAAUAGCAAUCGUUAAUAAUUAAAUUGUCCGAUUAUUAUUAGAAAUUAAUUGAUUCUUAAUUGAUUUUAUCAAUUACUCAGUAGGAGAAAUAACAAAAAAACCAAUUAAAUUUAAUAUAAAAAAAUUAAACCGAGCAUUCGCUUUGUUGCGUAAGUUUUAUUGUAAUUUAUUUUAGGCUUCUUAUUAAUUUUUUUUGACGUGUUUUGUUUUUUAUUAUUCAGAUGUAAAUUUUCUUCUUUUUUUUAUUAAGUGUUAAAUAGACUUCUUAUUAUUACAGGCUAUAAAUUUACUCAAGAAAGUUGAUUUUAAUUUAAUAAUAACUUUGUUUUAAUUAUUAUUAAUUUUUUUUCUUCGAAAUCUUUAAUCUUUAAACAUAAUAAAUAAAUAAAUAGGAUAUUUGAAUCUCAAAACGAGCAGCAGGAAUAUUUAAAAAUUGCUAAUCAAUUUUCUUAAGUAUUAAACAAUAUAAUCGCCUGUGUUUGAAAAUAAAUAUUAAUAAAUUUAACUAAUAUUAUUAAAAUAGUGAAGAUGAGAUUGUGAAAGUGUGGUCAUCUUAGUUACACAUGUUAUUGUAGAUUUCAUGGAAUGUAGUGCACUUUCAUUGUACAAAGAUUUAAAAACAAAAAGAAAAAAUCAAGUAAAUAAUAAUUACCAUAAUUAUUAUUUGAAUAAUUAAAUAAAAUCAUGGAACAAAUAGAUUUAAAAUGUUAUUGCGCGGUUAUAUGAGAAUAUAAAUAAAUUAUGCUCGUAUCAUAUAUGAAUAUAUAUAUAAAAAAAACUAUAUAAAUGAAAUUCGUAUAAAUAUAUAAAAAAAUAAAUAAAUAAAAUAAAUCCCGAGUGUGUGAGCACGAUUGUUAUAAAACGUUUAUAACGUGCAUAAUCAUGAACAAAAAAUUAUAAACAAAAGAAACAAAUACUAUUAAUUAAUUAAUUAAUUAAAUAAAAUAAUUUAUAAAGUGCUAAAAUUAUUGGUUAAUAUGUAAAUUUUAUUUCUUCCUUUUUUUUUAACUGUAUUAUUAAAUUUUAUUAUGCUGUUCAUUCAUAAGCUUAGCGAGUGCGAGCCCGAAUUAUUAAUUAAAUAAAUAAAAAAAGAUGACAAUGUACUGUUGGAUUAGAAUUAUUUUUAUGCUGCCCCAUGUACAUGCAUAUGUUUGUAAGACAUGAUUUGAUAUAUAUCCGUGUAAGAACAAUUCAUUCCAAAGAUUUCAAAAGAGUUCGACAUGUUGAGCUUCUAAGCUUUAGACAAAUUAGAACUUUGAGUGGAAUUUUUUUUGAAUUUUUG